GAGACCUUGUGGAUGCAAAUAGGAAACAUACAUAAAUUUACUCAAGAAUUAUUAUUGUAAUUAACAUAUCUGCGUCGAAAGCGUAGCCAAGCAUUGUUGAAUUCAGUCAAAGUUACAGGCUAGAAUAGGUUGGCGGUGGUUGCAAAAUGCUGGGAAUGAAUUCAGAUGACCGGAAGUCUGCAUUAUCUUUCAUAUGCCCGAGAGUACCGUCUCUUGGCACGGUAAAUGGAUUUCGGCUUUCCACCAUAAAUUGCAACCUACUGGCGGACUUCGAAUCAUGUUCUCGUGGUCCUUCGAUUUCACAUCACAGUCAACCCAUGAAAGUUUUUUUGAGAAUAAGACCUUAUGCAUGCGCCAAAGACCUAUCUGAAAAAACUAUAUUAUCUUUCCCUGAUUCAUAUACAGUUGUUGCAUAUCCCCCGGAUGCAGAUUUUCGGAAGAACCAAGUCCGUAAUUUCCAGAAAAGUGCCAAUAAGUUCACUUUCAACGGAAUAUUUCAUGAAUCUGCGACUCAGAAAAAAGUUUUUGAAAAGGUAGCAGCAGAUAAAAUCCGCUCAUUCAUCGAGGGUUUGAAUGGUCUCAUUUUCGCCUAUGGAACUACUAGCUCUGGCAAAACCCAUACUCUACAAGGAUCACGAAAUGAUGCUGGUAUUGUACCACGAACCUUACAUACAAUAUUCAGUCUUGUGAAGCACAAAAGCGAUCCAUUUCUUAUGCCGAAAGACUUUUCAGAUGUAAUUAGUUUGAGCGAAGACAGGGUACAGGAGAUUUUAACGGAGAAGUCUACACUUCUGAAAUACUCUGACGGCAUUUUUGAGUCAAAUCCUCUUCCUGGUAGUGAAAAUGAACCAAUCUGUUUAGAUGAAACUUUCACAGACAUGAGGUGUUCAAGUGAUAUCCGUUACAGUUUCUGGAUUAGUUUUGUGGAGAUUUACAAUGAAACGUUCUACGAUCUUCUAGACUCUGUCCAGUGCUCUAAUAUGUUUUCUAGUCAGUCUAAUGGUUCUACAAGCAUGCGGACAACUCAGAACCAACAAAAUUUCCGGAAUAUAUUCAGUGUGAACAAUAACGCAUCACAUACAACAAACUUUACAAACCAACCACGAAGAAAACCACUGGAAUUAAGAACUGAUAAAAACGGAAAUAUUUUCGUAAAAGGUAUGAAAUGGUACCCUAUCGGUUCACCUGAAGAGGCUUUACGACUUGUUGCAGUUGGUCGUCAUUGUCAAAAAGUCGCCUCAACUCGUUUAAAUCAAGCAAGCUCAAGAUCGCAUAGUAUUUUAUCUAUAAAAGCUGUAAAAGUAGUGAAUAAAAACAAUCCAAAUUUUGCCCGAGUUAGCACGCUUAUGUUUUGUGAUUUGGCUGGAAGUGAACGUUCUGUAAAAGCGGCUACAGGUGGUCAAACAAUGCGUAUUCGUGAGGCUGGAAAUAUCAACUCAAGUCUGUUAACAUUAGGAAGGUGUAUUGAAUGUCUACGGUAUAAUCAACUGCAUCCAGAUAAUCCAAAACUAGUGCCUUAUCGUGAUUCAAAACUUACACGUUUAUUUCAAGGCUUUUUCACUGGUCAGGGAAGAGCAUGCAUGAUAGUGAAUGCAUCAACAAAUCCAGAAUUAUACGAUGAAACUUUACAUGCUCUACGCUUUGCUGCUUUAGCUAGACAAGUGAUCGUUGAAGCGAAUCCCAUGGCAGAAACUGUUGUUUUGCAUACAAAUAAAAAUGAAGUGAAAUCGAACCUCCAUCAAGAAGUUAAACACAAAAUGUUGGUGAAUAAUAAUCAGACGACUGUAGUCAAAUCUAAGGAACCGGAUACUAUUUUGGAAUCUCAGUCAACACGUUGGUCCGAAGAUGAUCUUGAAAAGACAGCUUCUUCACGAGCAGGAGAAGAAGCAGAAGAAGGAGGAGAAGAAGGAAUAAGCGACGAGAUAAACUCAACAGUUGAAUUUCAUGAAGUGUCUCCUACAGAAGCAGUCACACCGUCCAACAGUGACGGUACAGAAUUAUUGUUGGAUCAAUUCAGCAGAAAGGAACUUAUUGCAUUGGUGAAAGAUCUAUCCGAAAAAUUCUUUGAAUCAAAAGGUGAAUUAAUUGAACAAGAGGCACGUUUAAGAGCUGAAAUGUGUGAUAAUCUAAAUCAACAAAUCAUAGAUUUUGAAAAUAAGUUUGAAGAACUAUUAAAAUCUCGAGAAAAUUAUCUCUAUGAAGAGUCGAAUACACGUAUGCGCAAUAUUAUUAAUUCAGUGAAUCAACGUCAAGCAGCAGGUCAAGGUAAUCAUCCUAAACGUUUAUGCCCUGAUGAUUCAGAAGUCAGUAGUGAUGAUGAGGAUAUGUCUGAUAUAGAAAAUGAUGGUAAAGACUAUUCCAGUGUUAAUGAAAACCGUCAACAUGAAGUUCGUGACUGUUGUUCAGCACAAACAUUGAAAAUAACUCAGCUCACUAAAACACUAAAAGAUUCAGAAGAUCGUGUAGCAGAAUUAGAAAGUGAUUUAGCUGAACAAAAAGAUGUCAUUGAAAAUCUUAUGCGUGAAGUGGAUCGUUUACGUGUGGAGAGUAGACGAUUAGAGUUUACAAUUGCUCAACAACAGCAUUCAAAUACUUUAAAUAAUACUUCAUCUAAAGUAGCUGACAUAGACGAUUCCUGCAUUACUAUCAAUUUGGCAAAAUUGACGUUGCCAUCGUCAUCAUUUGUAACUAAAACGGAUCAUUUGACGGAUAAAUUCGAGUCAUUUUCAUUUCAUAAAAGUUCUACACCACAGAAAAAUGCCACAAAGAAAACUACUACAACACAUCAGGCCAAUGAUGAAGAUGAUGAUGAAGAGGAGGAGGCUCCUUUAACUGUUGUCAAAGGUACUCAUAGACUAAUGACAAAAGAAACCACUACCACCACUACCACCGCCAAACCCCCCUGUCUUACAAUUCACUCACCAAUUCUUCAUGAAAAAGCUCUUCAAAGUAUCCAUGAAGAUGAAGUGAAAAUUAUUCAUCCUAAAAAUAAAUACAUCAUCAGUGAUGCCCGAGAAAGUAGAAUCAGUGAAGGUUUACAAUCAUUUCUGGAGCAUGAAGCAAAUAUUCAAAAUCAAGAAGCACUUGAACGAUUACGACGUCAAAUUUAUGAAAUUGAAGAGAAAUUCGCUAAUAAACAUGAUGCUUUAGUUAAGAGUGAAACAGCCUUCAAUGAACUGAAAAGCCGAUAUGACGAUUUGUCACAGAGAUUUAUCACACAAGCCAGUGAUUUACAACAUUCAACUUCAGAAUUGACCAAAUUGAAACAGUUACAUCAGAAGGAAUUAGACGCCUACAAUAUUGAUGCACAAAAGCGUAUAGAUGAACUGAAGGCUGACUUGAAAACUGCACUGGAUCGUAAUGCUGAAUUAUUAUCACAUAUCCCGGAGAUUAAUAUUGCCUUACAGACAACAUUCAAUAAUGAACCGAGUAUCCUGUCCGAUUCAAUAUCUGUUCAAACUUCAAUAUAUCAAAUGAAUGAUUUAUCGAUUCAGGUUUGUCCAGUCAAUCUAGAUGUAUCAAUUCAAACAGACCAGCUCAAAUCUAUAGAAAAUUUAAAACCUAAAUUGGAUUGUAAUAAAGCCACUGCUGCUGCUUCUCGCAACAACAACAGAUAUAAGGAAGAGUUAAAUGAUGAUGAAAGUGAUAGUAUGUGUAUGACAACAUCAGAACAGCAUCAUGAUCAUAAUCCAGUUGUGAAACGCAAUCUGAGAAAUAAUAACACUACAGCCUCGCGUUUACAGCUUAAGAUAAAUCGUGGCAGAUUGACGCAUAGAUUUGGACCACCGCCUAAAGUCCCUGAUGUUCCAUCGCCAAUUGUUUCUUUAUGCCUAUCAGAUAGUGAAUUCGAGAUAAGCGGCGGUAAUUCACGUAAUCAUCAAAUGGAUAAAGAAAAUUUGAAUAGUAUUACUUGUGAUGAAACAGACAAUAGCGACGAUGAUCGUGAUGAUGAUGAUGAUGGUGUUAGCGACGAUGAUGAUGAAGUACAGAGUUGUAAAUCUGAACCUGUAGGCGGCAAUACACGUCGACAAAAUACACGUCGUAAUAAUAAUAAUAAUAAUAGUAAUGCCAAAAAGUCUGGAAAAGCUUCUACAACAACAACAGCGAGAACAACAAGACAACGGAAGAAACAAGCACAUUCAAAUGCUUCUACUGCUGCCAUACAUCGACGUCUUCCACCUUUAGCUGAAUCCACUCAACUAUUACCUGAUUCAAUGUUUCAAGAUGAACUUGAUGAGGCAUUAGAAGUAGCAGAUAUUGAAAUUAAGAAGGUGGAACAACGUAAUCUUAGACAAUUGAAUUUACGUCAAGCACCUAGACGAAGACGUUAAUAUUUUUGUUGUCUUCGCUUCUCCCCGCUUCUCUCCUCUUCUCUUCUGUUUUCGUAUCUAUAUAUAUAAUAUAAUAUAUUAUUUAUGUUCAUAAUUCAUAUUUAUUGUAUAUAACUUGUGCUUUUUUUUAAAAAAAAGAACAAUCGUCCUUUGGCUUUUUGAUCCUGGUUAGUUAUUGGUUAAUUUCUUUUCAAGGGAAAAUUUUAUGAUCCUUCCAUCCAUCCAUCCAUCCAUCCACGCACCCGCAUCCCCACCCU